GCAAUAGUCAGCCUGCGCAGAAACGGAAUGGCGGAGGUGGUUGAAUGGACUCUGGACCUGAGUGUGUUGGUGGUGUCCUAGUGGAGACCCUGAGGUACAGCUAUGAAGGCCCUCAGCAGCACAAGCAGAAGUCCACAUAGGCCUUAGAGGAGUCCGACAAGUGCUCUCCUCGCCCCAUGAAGAUGGCAGCUCGGUCGCACACGGCCAGUGAGCUUCCCUUGGAGGAGCUGCUGGCUCUGUGUGGUUACGAGGUGACAGAGCCAGAGAGGGAGACUUGUCACCUGGCUGCCAACCUGCCAGACAUGACACUGGAUAAGGAUCAGAUAACCAAGGAUCUGUUUCCUGAGGAGGAGGAAGAGGAAUCAUCAGCCGAUGACCUCACCCCCUCCGUCACUUCAAACACCUCAGAUCUGCUCCGACGUUUACAAGGUGGAGACAAAGACACAUUAGUCAGCUCUUCAGAAGAAGAUUCAGACGAUGCCUCCAUUCCCUCCAAUGAAGAGCGCAAGGACAUCAUGGUGGGCUCUAUGUACCAGGCGAAAAUCCCUCCACUAUGUCCAUACACCUACCAGGAGAGAGCCUAUGACAGUGAGGACCAGUUGCUGUGGCGUCCCGGGGUUUUGCCGGUGCAGGAGGUGGAGGAGUUUUUGCUGAGCGCACAGAGACCAGGAGGACAGGAGGGGGCAGCACACACACAAAUACAGGGGGACACUAUCCGAGACAACGAGCAGGCACUGUAUGAACUGGUGAAAUGCAGCUUCAAUGCAGAAGAGGCACUGAGACGAUUACGCUUCAAUGUGAAAGUGUUUAGUGAAGAGCUGUGUGCCUGGAGUGAGGAGGAGUGUAGGAACUUUGAACACGGUUAUCGAGUUUAUGGGAAAAAUUUCCACCUCAUUCAAGCCAAUAAGGUACGAACGCGCUCCGUCGGGGAGUGUGUAGAGUAUUACUACAUGUGGAAGAAGUCGGACCGCCACGAGUACUUUACCCAACAGGCCACCAGGCUUGGCCGCAAGAAGUUCAGCCUGCAAUCAGGGAACAUAGAGGAUGGAGAUCAAGAUGGGGAGGUGGGAGAGCUGGAGGGAAGCAGCAACUCCCAGAGCUUAUUGUCUCACAGCUCUUUGGGGCCUGGGCAGCUGGAGUCUCCUUCACCUCCAUCAUUGGGCCUGGACCUGCACAAACAAGAGGAUGAGGGCCGCCCCCGGCGCAGACGAACACCCCGCUUUCUCUUAAAGCCGUGAACUCAGUCCACACAGGCCACAGAAAGCAGGCAGGGUCUGCAGGUGGUGAGCUGGUGUUUGGGCUUUCAGAGCUGUGUGCCAACGGGUGUCCUCAGCAGCUAUUCAGUUGUCCAUUUUCUCUCCCAACCAUGGAGGACCUCCAGGAUCCCGGCCAAGGCAGCUGCCUGCCCACACCUUCAGCUCAGCUGCAGUCCCAGCCCUCCCCACCCUGUC